CUCUGAGUCCCAAACCCCCCCACCGCCCAGCUACCCCUCUUAUACCCAAAAUUCACGCUUAUUCACCUGCGUGUUAAUAUAGAGAGAUUUUUUUAUUUUCAAAUCUGCAUUAUCGGAGAUUUUAAAAUGGAAGACAGCUACAGGCCGGAGACCCAGUUGAAUUGUGGCGCGUCACUAACUGUUGCCAAUUUCAACGAUACUAUGCUACCGAGUGGAAAUACUACCACGGUCAAGCACCCAGGAUGGACAAAUGAGAAGCACAAUACAUUUCUAGACUUUCUUGAAGCAUCAUUUGUAAAGCAGUUACACAGGUCCAUGGCCUCACUUGCUGGAUCUAUGGAACUAAACAAGAGCAGCAGCAAUUUGGCCAAAAAGUUAUCUGCACAUGUCAACAAAGCUUCAGAGCAGGUUCCUUCUCUGCAUGAUGACUGUUGGAAGAAGAUGAAUACUGUGAGGAAGCCACCUGUUGUGGAUAUCACAGCUGAUUCUCACGAUUGCCCAAAAAAUCUACACAGUGAUAGGCACCAUCACGUUCUGGAUAUCCAUUUUUGUUGUAAACUACAUUGCAAGGAGAAACGAACCAGAGAUAAGAGGUCUUCAUCUGGUGGACACGAAACAAGAUCACAUUUAAUCCUUUCCGAAUCUGCAGAACUUCGGAAAGAAGUUUUCAGACUUGCUGAAGGUUCUGGUCAAAAUUUUGAAGAUGAAGAUUUUGAAGAAAACUCGAGCUGCAAAAAGAUGAAGCCAGCUUUGGUGGACACUACAGACCAAGAGCAAAUGCGUACUUCAGAUCGUCCCAACAAGGUAUCUUGGAGUCCACGAGUUGCUAGUUCCAUGUCCCAGAGAAAUAACCAAUUAAAUCUUGGAAGUUCAUCAGAAAACAACCAUAGGAGCUAAUUCUUGUUCCGAAGAAAUGAUCAAGUAAAAUCCGGAAGUUCAUCAG